AUGUGGUUGGCAGGACAGGCCUUUCGAAAAUUUAUUCCGCUCUUUGACCGUGUAGUAGUGGAAAGGAGCGCAGCUGAGACUGUAACCAAAGGAGGCAUUAUGCUUCCAGAAAAAUCUCAAGGCAGGGUGUUGCAAGCAACGGUGGUUGCUGUUGGAUCGGGGUCCAAAGGGAAGAGUGGAGAGAUUGAACCUUUUAGUCAUGGAGAUAAGGUUAGAAGUUUUGUCAUCAACAAGUAUCAAGCAGAAAAAGCCCUGGCCACGAAUCUCCUGGUUAGGACAAAUUCUUGGUUAGCUGGUCUGCUCAACACAGGGGAACUUUUCCUUUGGAACAAAGAUCAAGAUUGUUUAAAAACUGUACAAGUCAGUGAUAAGCCUAAGGAAAUGAUUAAAGCUGUUGGAGCAAGUUCUUUGAAACUGUACCUGUAUGUAUCUGAAAAUGGGAAAAGAAUUCUGCUUGUAACUCCUUAUGGAUGCAUAUUUCUUUGGGAAUAUUUUGAAUUCAGCAAUAUCUUAUCUUCUAAAAACUCUUCAUUGGUGGGUCAGUGGUCCCAGAUCAUACCUGAAAAAGGAAUUUGUUUGCCUUCUGCGGAAGAUAAAGAAGCUGUAGUGCAUGCUGUUUUUAUAAAAAAUGAGUUAUUUGGAGACUGCUGCUUGUGUUCAUUCGCUUUUUAUUCUGGGGAAUGUCUGAAGUUAUCAUUUCUGGCGGUUCGGUGGCAUGAGAAUAAUUUUACAUCUGUAAGGUCAUUGCCAUUCUGUGUUAAGUGGGCACAACGAGAGUACAUUCUGUGCAGUUUAAUUCCUAAAUGUGAAUCAGUGAAGUCAAGAGGAGGUCUGAUCUCUGCCUUUUCAAGAGAUGGCAUUACCUUUGCAGUAACUCUUAAUCAGAAAGACCCAAAGGCAACCCAGGUAUUAUUUAUUAACACACUCAAGUUUGUUACCCUCUGUGGUAGCCUUAAGGGCUGUAGUAAUAAAAAUCCUGUGCUUCCAGCUACACUUGUCAGGUCCUACUGGGUUGGUGAUAUCAGCUGGACUCAUGAUAGUCUUUUUCUGGCUUGUAUGUUAAAACGUGGCUCCUUAGUUUUAUUGACCUGUCAGGGUGAAUUGCUGACAUUAGUAACAUUUGGUUGUUCUGUAGAAUUUGGGCCAGCAGAAUUUAUACCUCUUCACCCACUAAUAACCUAUAGGCCACAACAAAUGACCCUUCAAGAUUCAAAUAAUUCUGUAGAGUCAUCAGCUUCUGAUAAUGACCUCAUGAGACAGAGGUUUUCUGUGAAAGCACAUUCACAGUUGCCCUUCCUCAUUGUGUCUGAUGGAUACAUGGUCACAACUCUUCGGUUUCAUGAUAAUUUGUCUCCAUCAGUGCUUAUGAGAUCCCUUUUGCUUGAUGUAACCCAAAAGCUUGAAAAUACAUACCAAAAUAUGGUAGUGUCUAAGCCAAAAGACAAAGGGCUGAACUUGCGAUCACUGGAUUCCCUAAGGUCCAGUCUAUUAAAACAUGAAGGAAAUGAAAGUUUGACUGAUUUUACAGUGCCCAGAUUCUUACAAGCAGAGGAAACAAUGGAAUUAAAUGAAAAAUUGGAUUUGCAGGAUUUUGAAAGAGAAGAAACUAAUGAGGGAAAAAACUUUUCAAACAACUUAUUCUCUUCCUGGAACCAGAAAGAUGAUUCAUUGUUUAGUAGUGCUAAAGAGGGAAGAUUGGAAUUUGCUUCUAUGUUUGAUACAGUACAUGCAAAGGAUAAUACUGAGGAGACAGAUAAAACCAUUACCCAAUUGCAUUCUAUCCAGAAAAAUCUCCUUGCAGCAUGGACUAUAGGAAUUUCUAAGAAUGUGUCCGAAAAAAAUUUGAUGUUAAACUAUACAGUAGUUUGUAUCACUCAUUUUUUCUACAUUCUUCAAUUUAUAAAAUGUCCCUCUUCCAAACUUGAUCUUUUAUUAAACAUGAGCCCUAAACUUAAUGAAUGGCUGCUUUGUAUCUUUCAGAUUUUUAAUCAGUGUUUGGCAAUCCAAUAUUGGGAUUUGAGAUACAAACAAGAUUUGGGACAUUUAGUAAAGCUGACCUCCAAUACCAUUAAGCUUUUGCUUUCUCAGCAGCAACCGGAUCAGUUAUUCUCAGAGAAGAUUUUAGCCUGUUUUCAUUUACUCAGAGUGGUAACUGAUAAUUUAAAUAGGAUAUAUAGUCUCCAACCUGAAGUUACUUUAGCAACAGCUGAUGGAAGUACAGCAGCAAAUCAAGACUCGUUAGUGGUACCCAUCUUCCAAGAAUUUCAAGAUUUUGAUUGUCUGGAAAGUGGGUCUUGGAACUCAUCUUUAAAAAUUUAUCCUCAAGCAGUCAAUCUUGUUCAAAGGCCAGGAAACAGAUUGAAUGUUCUCUGGAGAAUAUUGUACAAAAAAGCUUUAUGGUAUCAACUACACUUAAACAAGACAGUUGCUGUAGGUGAUAAACAAUUAGCUGAAAAGAUGAUUCGUGAAGCAUCUACUGUCAAGUCACUGAUUUAUCAUAUACAGGCUAACUUACAGGCUGCUGGAGUUCGUUUGAACGAAACCUUAGAACUGAAAUCUAUCCAUGGUGAAGAGUGUUUCCUGUUAGGAUCUUAUGACAAGUCUGUUCAAUUGUGGAAGAAAGCUCUAAAAGAGAUCCAAGAGACAGGAGGAAAAAGGAGAUGUUAUCUUCAGAUACGUUACUAUCUUUCUCUCCUUUACUGUCACCUCUACAACUAUAACUUAAAUGAUGCUCAAGGAUUGUGUGAUCAGCUGGUAAAAGAAAUACUGAGAUGGUCUCAUCUGCCUGUAAAAGAAAAUGAAGAUUGCGCAGCUCCUGAGAAGUCUGAGGGCAAGUUCAGGGUUAAUGGCAGUAUUCAUCCUGAGGCAGCAUUGAGGGUGAUCCAGUCCAUGGCCCGUUUCAUGGCCGCCUACUUCACCAACCAACAGCUUUGCAUUUUGCCACCUCACAAUGUCAAUGUUCUUCCUCCACUUCAUAUUAAAACAGAGCAGUCUCUUCGACUUAUUUCUCUGCAACACUCUAAAGUGGCAAGUGUUAUAAGAGAUCAAAAUAUUUCUAAUGUGUGGACAGUAGAAUAUGCCCUUGAGUUAUUAUUUAUUGGUGGCCUGGUUCCAGAGGCUGUGUGGUUGGCACAUAAGCUUGGAGACUGGAAGACAUCUGUUUCAAUUGGUGUGGCCCUCCAACUCUUCUGUAAACUGGAUAGCAAUUUAAAUAGGUCUCAGAAAAAGAGUCUGAAUCUUCCAUUAAAUAUGACUCCAGUACAGAUUUUCCAGGAAAAACUGCAAUGCUUUUUAGGGCAACCAGCCUCUUUGGAAGCAAAAAAUGAAAUGGGCUCAAAAUAUAAACAAUUUACAGAUCCCAUUGAAGAGGAAAAUGCAAAUCUACUCUUUGGUUCAGUGCAAGAAGUACUGAAAGCAGCAGUUAUGGCUGAUGCAGAUAUUCUUUCAGAGACAUUUCAGCUUCUGAUUAGUUCUGCUAAGGACUUCAGCAAGAGACUGUGGGGCUUGGUGCCCAUUGGCUUAUAUCUUCCAGCUCCUCCAUUAUACUGUCCUCAGCCAGCUAUUCUUAAUGAGGAAGAUGGAGAUGAUCUUUUUCUAAAAGCUGAAAAAGAUAAUCGUCAAAAGGUGUCUGGGAUCCUUCAGCGUAUUCUUCUGCUUUUCCGGGCAGCACGCUGUUCCUUUCCUGUUGCACAGUGGUAUAUCUUGCAGUUGAGGUGGGCAAGAAAAGUAAUGCAGAAGAUUAGAUUGAAAGGGUCCCUUCCUUCCUUGAGUCCUUUCCCUCAGUCCUUACUCAAUUAUUGUAAAGAAGGUGUGGCAUUCUUUCAACCUGGAGCAACUGGAGACCAUAAGCUUGAUGAAGUUUCCAUUAAAGCAAUAGUUUGCUUCAGAGAACUUUGUGCUUUGUGUUGGAUGCUGCAUAUCCGUGAUAAGUUAUCCUACAGUUGCAGACAGUAUCAAAAAGCAAGAGAGAAUGUGGAGGAGAAAAAGGAUGUUGAAGUGGAGUUUGAUUCUUGUCUGAUUGAGCACUGUCUUAGUGCAGUGGAAUGGGCUUACCGAAUGCUUCCCUUCUCUCGCUUUUCUAAUAUCGAAGAACUUAUUCAGGAUCUAAUUUUGAGCCUUAUUGGAGAACUUCCACCAAUCAGAAAGGUAGCAGAAAUUUUUGUGAGAGCAUUUCCCAAUCCUGAAGACAUAAGAGUUUCAUUAAGAGAGAAAUAUCACUCUCUCCAACAGAGACUGAGACACUGUGUUGUGAAAGGUCCCCAAACAGAGGAAAUGAUGUCUGUUAUUAUGCAUUCUAUCCACAAAGUGAGAGUGAAAGCUCUAAAACGUGUUCAGAGAAAUAUAGGUUCUUUUGAGAUGAAUAUUUGGGAGCCAAUUGAAGAGGAGAAACCAGCAGAGGUUCCAGGUUUUGACAGGUUUUCCCUAGAGACUAGUUUAAGCAGGAGCACCCUCACAGAACUGGGGAAUUCUUUGGUUCACAGUGAUGCAGACACAGCAGAUACUUUGUCUGAAGCUUUGCCAGUGGAAGAGAAGAGUAGGAUGCAUUCAUUUGAAAGAAAUGUCCCAAGUCACAUGAAAUUAACAUUGAUUGGUAAACCCAGUGAAAAAAGGAAAAUAAAUAAUCAGGAAGGAAACCCCAAAAGAAAAGAAGAUCAUGAAAAGUUACUACAAAAAUCACUUCCUAUAAUAGGUGUUUGGGAAUUUGAACGUGAUGAUGAUGAAUAUAUUAAAUUCCUUGAUCUCUUCUUAAGUUAUGUUCUUGAAAAAGGACCCUGCUUAGUUCCCAAGAAUCCUGGCAUUCCAUUUCUAACUAGUUUUUCUGGACAUCUUAGGGAACAUGAGCUUAAUUCUUUAUUGUUUGAUGUACAUACAACAUUAAAACGGCGUCAGGGCAAAACAAAAAACCAGAGUAUGUUUAGAGCUGGCUCUUGUUUUACUGUUGCUCCUGAGUCAAAUGAGUCUGAAAAACGAGAAAAUCAGGAACUUGCGACUUCAGUACUGGUUAAGCAAGGACUUAGUCAAUUUUUAGAGAACUCUUUGAAUGAACUCAGUAAAAAUGAAGGGAAGAGUGGACUGUUUGGUUUAAAACAAAAGUCAGUUUAUAGAAUACAGGAUGACAAUCUAGAGACCUUAAUCCAGAGAGUGUCGAAUCACAUCAUGUGGACUCCCAAAUCCAUGAAAACUAAAACAUGUAUUUUCAGAGCAAUUGAGUGCAAUGACACUAAUCCUCAAGAAGAUAAUCCUUUAGUACUAAAUGACAAAUUUAGCAAUAUAAAAAGACUGCUCGAAUGGAUGAUAAGAUGGGCUGAUAGAAGACUGCUCUAUGAUACUGGUCUCACUGCUACACACGAACACAGACCUAUCAUUUGUGUCAAGACCUCAACAGCUGCCAUUCUUAUUUCAUUGUGGCUUUUGGAGCAACCCUAUUUUGCUACUUAUAAGGCAGAAAUUGUUAAGACUAAAGUUCUAGAGAAUCUGUACCCUGGGUCUCAAAUUGAACUCAACGCUGAGAGUGAGUGCAAAACAGAUACUGGCUGUUCUGUUACAGUGUUUUCUUACAGUGGGACUGAACAAAGAUAUGAUGGAAAUGAAUCUUGUCAAACUGUUUUAAAACCCUUUCUCACUGGAGACCCCCCAAACAGAAAGAGUAUUGGAAUCAUCUUGUCACAUGCAGGCUACACUGGCACUGAAAUCAAUGAUGAGAUUAUUUGUGUCACUGAUGAUGUCAGAAAAGAAUUUAUAAAUAUUGAUGAAGAUCUUUUAGAAGAAGACACAUUUGCACAUGAAAUGGAUAUAGACAUAUCAGAGUAUGAAGAAGAAGCUAAAGAGCCAGUUGGAAGUCUUAAAAGUUCUAAUAUUGCCAUUUACACAGAGAAUUUAUCACAACAUUUAGAAGAAGUAAGUCAAUUCAUUCCCUCAGAAGUUCAAUGUCUAAAAGAAGAACCAUUGCAAUUAUAUGUUGAGAAAAAACCAACUGAUCAAAAAGGUAUGAACGAAGCCUUUUCAAAUCCUGAACACACCAUUCCUCAUUCAUUUUGUUUAGAUACAAGUUCAGAAAUUACUAGUGCUGGGAGUGGAGUGCAGAACCUUAGAAAUGCAAGUGCACAAAUUUCUGCAUUUAAAGAUAAUUCUUCCUUAACUCCACCUCCUGCAUCAGAUGGAAUCCGUGUUGCUUCCCAGACACCUGUGCCUGCACCUCAGAACACACAGAGGCAUGAGCCCAGGCCACAGUCAUCUGAGCCUUCUGAUCCUGUUAGGCAAGUGCUCCAAGAUGAAAUGUUUAAAUUAGUUCAGUUGCAGCAGAUCAACUUCUUGAGCUUAAUGCAAAUAGUGGGAUCAUCCUUUGCUAAUCUCCCAGAUAGACAUCAACUUCUGCAACAGUCUCAAUCAGUGAAUUUAGUGGAAAGCCAAGUCUCAAAUCCCACCAGAGGAAGUGCUGAGAAGGAAGAUACUGGUGGAAAACUGAAGACAAGAUUAGUCAUUAAAUCACAAUCCAUGGGAGAGAAUAUUGGAGCACUUGAGAAGAGCAUUCCACAUUGUGAUGAAGGAGUUGUGCAGUGUGAGGAAAAAAAUAAUGUAAAUUUACAGAGUGUUCCACAUGGAAAUAAUCCUCUAUGUAAGUUAGAAGUCCAACCCCAGAAUAGAGAACUAACUCCACCUUCUCAAAAUGUAAUAUCCCCUUCAUUGUUUCCAGCCCCUGCUGGCAAUACUCAACUCCACCUUUUGUCCACAUCUGCUGCCAUUUCAAUGGCACCUUCCCUUAUCCCAGCUGCAAAAACAUUCACACUUGAUGGUGGUUUUCCUCUGCUACAAUUUCAGCCUAAAUAUAAAUUCAAGCCUCUGUCCUUCCACUCAGGAAGAAUCCCAGCAGUUCCCCUCAGCCCUCUUCCAAGAGAGGCAUGGGGAUCAUCUGAUUCUUUUCAACCUCCUUUGGCACAGAAAACACCACAUACUACCUUAAUACCUGAUUUGAAUAUGAACCAUAAUACUAGAGUCAUAGAAAAGGCAAAUGGACAGAAGAAAUGGGCAGAAAGCGUACCCAUGGAAGUCCCAAAGCAUGUGAACAUGGAUCAAUAUGUUGGACAUGAAGACUCAAAAUUGCGACAGGACUCUACAUUAUUGACACAACCAGAAAAACUAUUUAAUAUUAACCCAAUGCCCCUUGGGAUACCAUCUCAAAACUCCUUUGGACUCCCAUUAUUGCAUCUACAACUCAAAACUCCUUAUUUGUAUUCCUCUGCCUCAAGUACAUCAGUUAAACUUCCAUCAGUGCCACUCAGAACUGUAGUAGAAGAAAGAAACUACCCAAGACUAGCUUUACUUCAUUCAUGUCUCUCCUCAGAAAAUACGUACAAAAGACCACAUCUUAUUCCACUAGAAAACCUCAUGACAUUUAAACAAAAUCAACAAAAAUUAACACAAACUAAUAUAUUUGAACAAGGUAAUUUAGGACAACUUCAGCUUCUAAAAGUAAAAAUUGGACAAUCUGAAGUGAAACAAGAAAGGAACAGAAAAAGGCAAAGACGGCGAACAGAGAAAGAGCUGCAGGAUUCAAGUGUGCCCUUUCAUCCAAAGGAUUCCAUUAAGAAUGAUAAUAAGCUAGAUGUCAUUAUGAAACCCAAGGAGCAACAAGAACAUCGUAGUUCCCAGCCUUUGGACAACUUUGACAUUCCUUUUGAAAUGCUUGAAGACGAUAUUAAUACUUCAGCUGGACUGCAUUUCAUGGCUUCUGUAAGAAAGAAAGUUAUAGAACAUCAAGAUGCAAGUACAAAUACAGACCCAGAUAAAGAAGUUGCUUUUCAAGAAGUUGUUUCUGAAUGUCAUAAAGAUGAGAAAAUCCAUUCUUCUACAUCAGAGCACGAAUCUUUGACUGUUCCUCAGAUUUUGAAUCCAGAUGCAUAUUUAAAUGUCAGACUUCCCACUGAAGAAUCAGAGCAACCAUUGUCACCUUCAGCAUCUGAUGUGGUUGGACACACUUAUAUAAAUGUGAUUGACAUUGAAGCUGAUGAACUACAGGAAUUACCUGUCAAAAAAGAGUCUUCAGCUAAUGUUUGUAACCAACAGUGGGAUCAUCUGGAAGUUCCAUUUUCUGCAGAGUUACAUUAUAUGGCAGCUUCAGUCACUAAUGAUGUUCCCGUGCACAAAGUUAAGAGUGAUGAAUCUACCAGUAACACUAUGGAUUUAGUUUUUAAACCUGCACAAAUGUCUGAAUCCUGUCUGACUGGAAGAAGCUGGAGAGCAGUCAUUACAGAAGUACAGGAACCUAUUUCACCUCCACCAUUAGAUGUACAUCUGGACAAAGAUAUGCCAAAGCCAGAUUUUUCUUUGCAAGAUCAGAGUUCAAAGUCAGAGGCUGCAGCCAAAGAUUGGUUGUGGGAGUUACCUCAGGCCCCAAAAGCCGCUCAUCUUGCACCGAACUCUGCAGCUCGGCAGCUGAAGCAAUUCACCUCUGAAAUGCUGAAAAUCGAUGAACAGCUGUUAGCAAUACAGAAUAUUGCUGAAAACAUAGAACAGAAUUUCCCUAAGCACAUUUUGCUUCAUCAACGUUAUGAUAAGGUUGAAUCUGUGGAUCCCACUGAAUUGUCUGCUGACCCUGAAAGUGAAAAAACACUGGCUUCAAAACCUAUUGGGUUUUCUCAAGUGCAUCUCCCAGUACCUAUGGACAAAGAAGAUCAAAACUAUAAAGAAGAUAUAGCUGAACUUUUUGAGCCAAAAACUCAUUCUAGUCCCAAAACUAGUGUAUUCACUUCUGCUGAUUCUGUAGUCAGCCUUUCCAGUGAGCAGAAUUCAACGUACCCUGGUAUGAAUAAUCAGGAGUUAUUUGAGAGCGUUUCAGUAGAUGCACUCCAGGUAACUGGACUUACUGAUAUUGCUGACAUUAUCAAUGACCUUCUCACAAAAAAUGGGGUUUCCAGCCAAGAGCUCGGUUUAACAGAAGAGCAAGCUCAGAAAAUCUUCAGUGUUCAGCGUUCUUCUGGUAGACAUCCACAAAGAACUGAGAAGGAGAGAAGAGAGCUCCGGGUCUGGAUGAAAAGAAAACGAAAAGAGAGAAUGGCAGAGUACUUAACUCAGCUGGAAGAAAAGAGAGGGCAAGAGCAUGAUCCUUUCUACCCCAGAAACAACCCAUAUUAUUUGACUUCACGGGAAAUCCGGAAGAGACAAAAGAUGAAGCGAGAGAAAGACAGAUUGCUGCUCUCUGACCACUAUAGUCGUCGCCUCUCACAAGCAUACAGUCUGAUGAACGAACUGCUACUGGAAUCGGCACCGCUGCCAGCAGCUGCACAGAAACCACUACACGCUAGACCCAGAGCUACUCCAUUUCUUGCACAGAAUCACUUCCUUUCUCCCCACAGAGAGAAUCAGCCUGGUCAAAAUUUUCCAAUAAGACCAUCUGAAAAAGGCAGACAUAUCUCCAAACUAAGUUAUAACCCAAAGGGGAAGAAAUCUUUUGUAAAACUCCAAGGCUCCUCUUGGUCACGUGGAACUGCCACUUUUAACAUACCAAAGAAAGCUGGUGAAGCCAAAAUGGCAGCUAGCAGUACUGCACAGUUUCCAGUUUCCUUCCACAGGGGUAAAGGCUCUGUUGCUCAUACAAAAAGUCAUGAAAAUGCUGACAUUGCACCUCAGUCCAAGCCAAUUGUGUGUACAGAGUCUGAGAGAGAAGAGAUUGUGGUGAGUCCCUGGACAUUAUCGUCAGACAUCCAGAAGAUUCUUCAUAUGAGUCACACUUCCCUUCUAGAUUUGAAAUCAGCUGAUGAGAAGGCAGAGCUACCUCCUGGAGCGAGUGGCCUGGAGAGCCUGUCAGAGAGUACUGGCAGCCUCCUGAGCAGCCUUGAUUGGAAGGCCAUCGAAGAUAUGGUGGCCAGUGUGGAAGACAGGAGCCCGUUGACCCACUAGGUUAAGGAUCUAUAGAACCUGAAUAUUAUUCUCUUUCCAGGAAAGGUUCAGUGUUGUAAACUCUGAAAGAUUUCUGGUUUUGAAGGAGGGAAGUGAUAAGUGAUAAUGUAGUUCUCAUUUUCAGCCA